UGUUUUUCCCGGUUCAAUCGCGUUGUGCCAGCUAGAACAUUACGUGUCUUUACGUCGUUACGUAUGCGGAAGACACGGCCGUGGGAGCGAGCGAUUCAGUAAACGGGCUCUGAGGGCAAAACCGCUCACCGUUCCGUGUGUAGAUUCGUAUUUUUACAGGCUACAGCACGACGGGUGGUGGUGGAUGAUAGAGGGGGCCAGAGGGGCGAGCACAGUACGAUGAAUGACACCAAGAAAGACGGGAGAAUAGCUGCAGACGGAAUCCGGGGACCGGGUGAGCUGCAAAUGGCCCCCUCUGUGAACCAUAACCAGCAUGACAGCGGCACCGGCGAUGAGCUGGUGAGCUCGGUGACGCUGUACAGGCGAAGGCCCCGACUGCUGCACGGCACUGUGCUCCCGUUUCUGGCUUUUCUCUACCCGGGCUGGCUGUACGUAUGGCUAGGAGUGUACGGAGCCCCAGAUUAUCCAGAGGCAGGCCUCCUGGCGUUAGCUGCUAUCGGGAUCGCGCACGUCCUCACAGCACUUUCCGGUUAUUGGUCUGUGCACGCGCAUUGUUGGCUCACUUGUUCAAAGGAGCCAGACCCAGAAAAGGCUACGCUGGCAAAGGUCAUACCCACCCCCAACAAUGGCUCCGCGGAGCUAGUAGCACUACAGAGGGACCAGGAUGAAAACGGGGAAAGAACUCUGUCUUUCGAGUUUCAAAAGAUCCGCUACACCUUUGACUACAAAGAAAAGAAAUGUUUCCUUCCAAUAGCAUUUCCCAUAAGUAACCCACUGGGAUACUUUCAAUCCUGGCGUGGCUACCAGGAGGAGACUGAGCUCAAAGCUGCAGAGAAGCGUUAUGGCACCAAUCGUGCUGAAAUGAUUGUUCCAGAUUUUCUGGAGCUCUUCAAAGAACGGGCCACAGCUCCCUUUUUUGUUUUCCAGGUGUUUUGUGUGGGGCUGUGGUGCCUGGAUGAGUACUGGUACUACAGUGUUUUCACGCUGUUCAUGCUGGUGGCAUUUGAGGCCUCUCUGGUCCAGCAGCAAAUGAGAAAUAUGUCAGAGAUUCGGCGCAUGGGAAACAAGCCCUAUAUGAUUCAGGUAUAUCGCAACAGGAAGUGGAGACACAUUUCUAGUGACGAACUUGUCCCUGGAGACAUUGUCUCAAUUGGGCGCUCACCACAGGACAACUUGGUCCCAUGUGAUGUGUUGCUGCUUAGGGGCCGUUGCAUUGUGGAUGAGGCCAUGCUAACUGGAGAAUCUGUGCCCCAGAUGAAGGAGCCAAUUGAGGACUUGGACCCAGAAAGAAUCCUGGAUCUUCAGACAGACUCUCGCCUCCAUGUCAUCUCUGGUGGGACUAAAGUAGUUCAGCAUAGCCCGCCUUUAAAAGCCAGUGCUGGACUCAAGCCGGUAGACAAUGGUUGUGUAGCCUACGUACUGAGAACAGGAUUCUACACCUCUCAGGGUAAACUGUUAAGGACAAUUCUCUUUGGUGUGAAGAGAGUGACAGCGAACAACCUGGAGACCUUCAUCUUCAUUCUUUUCCUUCUUGUGUUUGCCAUUGCUGCUGCUGUUUAUGUGUGGGUUGAAGGGACCAAGGACCUAAGCAGAAACCGAUACAAGCUCUUUCUGGAGUGCACGCUUAUCCUCACCUCAGUGGUUCCACCAGAACUUCCCAUAGAGCUUUCUCUAGCAGUUAACACAUCUCUUAUUGCCCUAGCUAAACUUUAUGUAUUUUGCACAGAACCUUUCAGGAUACCAUUUGCUGGGAAAGUGGAGAUUUGCUGUUUUGACAAAACAGGAACACUCACCAGUGAUAGUCUGGUAGUACGAGGAGUAGCCGGUCUUAGAGAGGGGAAGGAGGUGAUGCCUGUAUCUGAGAUUCCAGUUGAGACACACAGGGUGGUGGCUACCUGUCACUCACUGGUCACUAUGGAUGAUGGACAACUAGUUGGAGAUCCACUAGAGAAGGCCAUGCUGACUGCUGCUGACUGGACCCUUACAAAAGAUGAAAAGGUAUUUCCACGAGGCAUUAAAACCCAGGGACUUAAGAUCCACCAGCGUUUCCAUUUUGCCAGCGCUCUAAAGAGGAUGUCUGUCCUGGCCUCCUACGAGAAACUUGGCUCCACUGAACUCUGCUACAUAUCAACUGUUAAGGGCGCUCCAGAGACACUCAGAGGAAUGUUUGCAGAAUGUCCUGCAAGUUAUGACCAAGUGCACAAGGAAAUGUCACGGGAGGGAGCUAGAGUGCUGGCCUUGGGCUACAAAGAGAUGGGACACCUUAGUCAUCAGCAGGUUCGGGAGAUGAGUCGCGAUGCUCUGGAGUGUGACCUUCAUUUUGCUGGGUUCAUGGUCGUGUCUUGUCCGCUUAAGAAUGACAGCAAAGCUGUCAUCAGAGAGAUCCAAGAAGCAUCUCAUCAUGUUGUCAUGAUCACAGGUGAUAACCCUUUAACGGCAUGUCAUGUAGCAAGAGAACUCCACUUCAUCCAGAAAGAACACACCCUUAUAUUACAGCCAAGCUCUAAUCAAGGUACAUGGCAGUGGGAAUCCAUUGAUGGCACUGUGUGUGCACCACUGCCCCCGCCAUCCAUUUCUUCAUUUGUGCAUGAGUUUGACUUAUGUGUAACAGGGGAAGGGCUGGCCAGAUUGAGCUGUGAUCCCCGGCUACUCCACACCCUGUUGCCUCACAUUCAAGUGUUUGCUCGUGUCAGUCCAAAACAGAAGGAAUUUGUAAUCACCAGUCUGAAGGGGCUGGGUUAUGUGACACUGAUGUGCGGUGAUGGUACAAAUGAUGUGGGAGCUCUGAAACAUGCUCACAUAGGUGUUGCACUAUUAGCCAAUGCCCCUGAGCGCAUGCCUGAAAAAAAGAAGCGUGGAAGAGAAAAGGAGUCAUCCACAUCAGAAACCAGACCUUUACCGCCUGUCACUUCAGGAGGCAAACUGAGCUCAAGGGCCGCCAGACAACGGGUGAUGGCCCAGAGAGAAGAGCAGCUUGCAGCACAAAAGGAGAGGAUCAGUCAAGUCCUGCGUGAACUUGAAGAGGAUCAGGUACAAGUAGUGAAGCUAGGUGAUGCCUCCAUUGCUGCUCCUUUCACCUCAAAACUCUCUUCCAUACAGUGCAUCUGCCAUGUAAUAAAGCAAGGCCGUUGCACUCUGGUAACAACACUCCAGAUGUUCAAGAUCCUUGCUCUCAAUGCUCUAGUGCUAGCCUACAGUCAGUCUGUCCUCUACCUCGAGGGAGUGAAGUUCAGUGAUUUCCAAGCAACUCUGCAAGGUCUCCUUUUGGCUGGAUGCUUCCUUUUCAUCUCUAGGUCAAAGCCACUGAAAACACUGUCUCGAGAGCGGCCCUUACCAAACAUCUUCAAUCUAUAUACAGUUUUGACUGUGCUCCUGCAGUUUGCUGUUCACUUCUGCAGUCUUGUUUACCUUUACAAAGAGGCACAAAGUAGAAGUCCGCCCAGAGCGGAGCAGUUUGUAGAUCUGUAUAAAGAGUUUGAACCAAGUCUAAUUAACAGCACCGUGUACAUCAUGUCAAUGGCCAUGCAGAUGGCCACCUUUGCCAUUAACUACAAGGGUCACCCCUUCAUGGAGUCUCUUAGCGAGAAUCGACCUCUACUGUGGAGUAUCGCUUUGUCAGGUUUAGCAAUUGUCGGACUUCUUACUGGAUCCUCACCAGAAUUCAAUGAACAGUUUGCUCUUGUGGAUAUUCCAACUGAGUUCAAAUUCAUCAUUGCCCAGGUUCUGGUGGUGGACUUUGUUGCUGCUCUGCUGGUGGACCGUGUCUUGCAGUUCCUGCUGGGCAAAGGAACUCUCAGGCUGCCUUCUUAAACUUGGUGCCAACAGCAACCACUGCCUUUACCAACCAAACUGUAAAGGGAGAGAUGAUGUUGGAAGAGGAAGAGAAUGAAAAGCUGUUGUGAAAAAUACGGGACAGCUGAGACAGUCAUGGCGUACAAUACUGCACACUGUGUAUCGCUUCCUAUGUCCUGCUCUGCCCUCCUCCUUAACCAUCUGUGUUUCUGUAUUUUCAUCAAGUCUAUGUUUGAAUUGUUUUCAUUCUUUUCCUCAUGACUCAUUUUUUUCCACAUUUCUCUCUUUCCUUAUCUGUUGCUCACCACUGUUACAAAACGCCAUGAAGACAGCAGUAUUGAGUGGAGUGUGAGAUUGUGCCAGCCAGAGUGAAACAUACAGGCACAAAAAGGGGCAUUCUCCAAGAGAAUUGGGAAAGUGUUUUGGAUUUUUUUGAUUCCCCUCCUUGAUUUUGUAAAAAGUGGAAACAUCUUUAACAGACUUAUAAAGACUUAAUACAAAUUA